AUGACACGAAUCCUGCUGACAGGCGGAAGCGGUUUCAUUGCUGCUCAUGUUCUUGAAAUCCUCCUCCAGCAUGGCCACUCGGUGGUAACUACAGUUCAUUCAGAAGAAAAAGUCCGGAAAAUUAAAGAUGCUUAUCCAGAUGUCCCUAAGGACAAGCUGGACUUUGCUAUUGUGGACGACAUCGCGAAACUUGAUGCAUUCGACAAGGCCGUGAUUUCGGAUCCGCCGUUCGAAUAUGUUAUUCACACCGCCAGCCCAUACCACUAUAGAGUAACUGAUUUCAGGAAGGAAUUGGUAGAUCCUGCUGUCAAUGGCAUUGUUGGUAUCCUUCAUGCGAUCAAACGGAGCUCCCCAACUGUUAAGCGUGUAGUCAUCACGUCUUCCUUUGCCGCCAUAAUUGACCUGAAGAAGCCUCCUACCUACGCCUUUUCAGAAGUGGAUUGGAAUCCUGUUACUUAUGCUGAAAUUUAUUUCAGCCCCUCCAACGCGUAUCGAGCAGGAAAGACAUUCGCUGAAAAGGCCGCCUGGGACUUCAUGGAGCAGGAAAAGCCGAACUUCACAUUAGCAACGAUCAACCCUCCGGCUGUGCUGGGCCCUAUCAUCCACGGCAUCUACUCGCUUGACAAGAUCAACACCUCUAAUGAGCGCAUUCGUGGCCUAAUCAUAGGGGCUUAUAAGACCAGCUGCCCAUCGUCUACUGAAUAUCUCUGGGUUGACGUACGUGAUGUCGCACUCGCUCACGUCCUUGCCGCCGAGAAGCAGAAAGAAGCUGCGAACCAGCGCUUCUUUGUGACCGCGGGCAAGUUUAGCAACCGCCAACUAGCUGAGAUCAUUUAUGAUGAGUUUCCCCAAUUUAGGGAGAAGCUGCCAACAGGAGAAGAGGCAUUGAAACCAGGUGAUUUCCCUCCUGAGGGCAGUUAUGGGUUUGAUAAUGAGAAGUCCAAAAAGGUUUUGGGGUUGCAGUAUUACUCAUUGAAGGAGAGUGUGAUUGAUGCUGUGAAGAGCCUUCUGAAGGCUAACAGGUAG